GCGCGCGGCGGCAGUUCGUCCGGCAUCACCGUCGUCAACGGUUAUCGCUGUGUUCCGUUCGCGACCGCGUGUGUUUUCGUCCCGUCCGUGCGUGCGAUCGUUUUUCGUCGUCGUACACUCGCGCGCGUCCCAUGUGCAUCUGAUUCGUGUCGUCUUGUGGAGUGCGAUUCCGUUUUAUAAAUUAUUUCUCGUCGGUUCAGUUGUUUUUGGAAUUGUUUUUAGAAACGUUAGAAAUCGCGUCCGUCGAUCGUAUAAAUCGCUGCACAAAACGGAUACGACAAUCGCGAGUGUCUCGACUCUCCGGACGAAUAUUUCCCGCUUAAGCCGAAGUUAUUGCGGAACUCAGGAAUAAUUCAAUAUUUGAAACCUAUCGAUUAAUUUGAACCAGAGGAAACAGCCGUGCACUUGAUACAUGUUUAAGAAAAUGUAAUUGGAGUAUGGAACUUUACGAGAUCGGUUGGCAAGGAGUGGGCGCCGUCACCAUUAGAUCGUUGGAUCGCAGCCACCGGCUUUGAGACGUGUUGACGUCGUCAUACACGGGUGCCAGCUGUUAUGCGUAAGCAAUGAUCGGCCUCUAUACACUGAUAGCGCUGCUGCUGUGGGCGUCCAUCGCGUCGCACUCGGCAUCCGAAUUGGACUGGGUCACCGUGUGCAACCAGCAGACGUGCCGGUGCAAAUGGGUCAGUGGCCAGAAGAUGGCCGAGUGCAUCAAUUCGAGCCUCACCGGCAUACCCAAGACCCUAAGCAACGAAGUGCAGGUGCUUGACCUGACCAACAACAAAAUACUGGAGAUAAAUAAGGACGCGUUCCGAGAGGUGGGCCUGAUCAACCUGCACAAGCUGAUCGCCCGCAAUUGUUCCAUCGAGCUGGUCGACAAAGACGCAUUCCGUGGCCUGGAAAUACUAAUCGAGCUGGACCUAUCUAACAACAACAUUCACGUGCUACACCCGACCACGUUCCGGGACCCAUUCCGGUUGCGCAAGAUCUACCUAAACCACAAUCACAUACAGCGGCUGCGGAACGGUCUGUUCAGCAACAUGUCGUUCCUGCAGACGGUCGAGCUUAAUUCGUGCCUAAUUACGGACAUUGAGCCCAAGACAUUCUACAACAUCACCAAGUUUAAUAGUCUGGAGCUGAGCGGCAACCAGUUGGCAAACAUUAAGGCCGAGGUCCUGUAUUCCGUGCCGAGUCUGAUGAACUUGGGAAUCACCAACAACCCGUGGCGAUGUGACUGCAAGCUUAGGCCGUUCAUGAACUUGGUCAUGAACAAAAAUCUCUACAUCAAAACAGCGUCGUGCACCGAACCACCAAGACUACUGAACAAGCUGUGGGGCGACAUCAAACCUGACGACUUUGCAUGCCAGCCAAUCAUCCAGUAUCCCGCGCAGAGUUCCACGUUCCAGCUGGAUGACGACGAGCUGAUGACGAUCGGUUGCAAGAUAUACGGAGAGCCUAUGCCCAGCGUCCAGUGGGUGUUCAACAACCGGCCCAUAUCGAAUUAUUCGCACGGUGAUUACAAAUUCACGGUAUACGAAAGCGUGGACAACACCAUGGCCAAGUGGAUCAACCUGACCGUGUCCCGGUCCCGGUUGAUUGGGAAGUCCGAAUUCAAAUGCAUCGCGCAGAACCCCGCCGGGUUGGAAGAGCGAAAAAUCACCGUCAUCGUUCAGGGCAGCGGUAGCAAGGGCAUCCUGGGUAGUACGGUCAGCGUGAAAGAAUCGCUGCCCAUCAUCAUCGGCCUGGUGGCUGGCAUUUUCAUCAUAAUUCUGUUGUUGAUCGUUUGCUGUCUGUGCUGUUACCGGCGCCGACCGGCAGGCGGCGGUGUGCUGUCGAAGAAAUCACACGCCAACGGUUUUUCCAACGGCGACGUGCCCAAUCAUCACAACCACGUCACGUCGCUAGUGUCCGAACCGUCUGAACAGCAAAAGAGCCUUUUGGCCGUCGUGAACCCGGUUCAAAAGCCGCCCAGGAGAUAUGAAUCGUCGCCGACUGGCACCGAAAUGACCGAACUGAAGAGGAAUUUACUGGACGAGACGUCCGUCAGUGGCGAUGCGGACGAACAAUUUUACGGCGAGUCAGGUGACGAGCUGGCCAACAUCAUCGACAGCAGCGGCAUAAGCAACGGCGUGGGCAACGGCCGUUCUUACCGGAAGGGCACGCACCCACCGGACCUGUUGGCGUUCCCCCGGGGAAGCGGCGGCGGUGGCGGCCACAGUUCGCCAGCCGGCAGCGUAGUGUCCACGGUCCCGUCGUUCCAGUCACCGUUGCACAGUCCCAUAUACUCAGGAACGUUGCCGUACAAUCGGUCCCAAUCUCCGUUCAGCUCGCGUCCCGCUCAGCCGCCCGCCGGUUACGUGACCAUACCGCGGAGGCCGCGCGUGCCCAGCUGGGCCAGCAGCACCGGUGUCGGUGGGACGUCCGCGUCCACACCGACCCCCGGCCAUGUGGACGACCCGCUGGGUGUGAGCCGGCUAUGCGAACCGGUGUACGACAACCUGGGCCCGCGGACCACAGCCGACGGCAGUUCGGUGCUAUCGCUGACCAAGGCGGUGGCCGACUCGGCGGCCGUGCAUAGGCCCAAGCCGCAAUACAGCCAGACGCUACCGCACAAGACCAAGCUGCACAGCGGAGGCGGCGGACACCGUCCCAGAUUCAACGCCGACGACGCGCAGGACGCCCGCAGAGUACCGUCGCCGGCGCCCAGAUCGCCGGACAAGACAUCGCCGUCGCAGGUUUCCGGCCUGCCGCAGCACAACGCACUGCCGCCGAACUACUCGCCACUGGUGGAGAUGGACGCAAGGAACCGGAGCAGCUGGGCGCCAAGCCGGGUCGGCACGCCCGAGUCGGGCGUCCUCAAGCCGGCCAGCCAGACGAGCGUCAAGCGAAAGGUACCGCCCAAACCGCCGCCGAAGCCCAAAAUGAAGGGUGGCCCGUUGUUCGAAGACGAAGGCGAGGACGGCACUGAAGUCUAAGGUCCGUCCUUCUCCCGCGUGCCACUCGAACGAAUCCUCUGUACUUCCAUGAUGAUAUAUUUAUGUUAUGAUAUAACUUUUAUUUUGUUCGUAUAACAUGCUAAUUUUUUUUUCUCAUUUUCAUUCACUCAUCACAAGGGGUUCUAUAUUGUUUUUGUUUUUCUAUACUAUUCGGCUGCUAUAACCGUUUCGUUUUUAAUUUUUUGUCCUUCCCUCCCUAGUUAUAAAAAUAAUUUAAAAAGAAAGAAUUUAAGCGUGUGAUUCUAUUUAUCGCGGUUGUAUCGUUGUCAUGCGAUUGUGCAAUGUGCAUAGUGUUUCUUUUAAUGUUUAAAAAGAGUACAUCAUAGAGAAUACCUCCUCCUCAAGUUUUUAUUCUUAUAUACGUUGUAUUAUAUUAUAAUUGAAGAACGCAUAUAUUAUUAACCCCUCGGGGAUCAAUGAGUGAAAAAUCAAUGAAAAAUACAUGUAUCCUUAUACUACUUGACGAUGUAUGGCACACACAGUGUAAAAAAUAUAUAAUAUGAGGCUGCUCGUUUUCGGAUUGGACGUGUUGUGUAACUAAGAUAUUAUUUAUAUUAUAUUGUAUUUUUUUUCUAUUCUAUAUGUAUUUAUGUUGAUAAUAUUAUGUUUCUAUGAAUCAAUUUUGAUUUUGUCGCUGUCGUUGUCAAUCAGUAUAAAAAAAAAGUACUUUAGUUGUAUAAUACAUAGUGAGCGUAUAUGUAUAAUAUGUGUUUGUUCUCAUUAAACCCUGUUGUCGAUAUAUUAUUAUAUAUUGUCUUGUUGAUGUUAUUUAUGGUCCCUUUUUAAUCUGUAGUCAAAAUAAAUUUAUAUUAAGUAAUAAAAACAUCCAAAAACAAACCUCGAUUGUCCCAAUGGAUUCUUAACUCUUUUAUUUUACAAUUCACUCGUCUUUGAUAUAUUUUUUGUUUAUUCUAGGACCAUAUUAUUUAUAUUGAAUAUUUUUCAAUUUUUGUUUAAAAUAUAGUGAUAACGCGCAUUUUAAUUCAACACUUGAAUGUCCAAUUUUACUCUUGUGUGUGUGUUUUAAUGUAUUUUUUAACAGAUUUGUUUUUUUUAUACUUGCUUUGAAUACCAUUAUUUUUUAAUUGUACAAAGAAAUUGAUUAUAUUUAAACUUUAUGUAUCUAAUAUAUUAUACUUGAUAUGUAUCAAUUAAUUAAAACUUUUAAGUCAAACAACAAAUGUUAAAGUUGACAUGUAUGUAAAAAAAAAAACUUUUUAACUUUUUUGUUUGAUUUCGCUGACAUAACUUGAUUACAGUUAGUUUGAUUUUUCUAAAACAAUGUUUAAAAAUGUAAUAAUGAUGUUAAGUAGUUUAAUCGUAAACAUGUUUAUUACGAAAUGUAAAAUAAUUUGAUAAACUUAUUAAAGCCUCUUCAUGACUCUUGCCAAUAGCAAAUUUCAAACACAUCAACAAAAAAGUUUUUGUAGAAAUUAUUGAAUUUGUAAAAGUUCCUGUAUUUAUAUUUUAUUAUUAUUUUGUAUUUUGUUUUGUUUAUAAUUAUUAUUACUUAAAGUACAUAACGGUUGAAAGCUGAUAUUCUUUAAAAAGUGUCAAUGUUAGUGUAUGUUAGCGACUAAUGUUGACUAUUAAACUAGAUACCAUCUCUCGACAAAGUAUUUCUCUAUUAUUAUUAUUAUUAUUAAAUUUAUAUAAAUAUUAUAUUAUUGUGCUCGCUAACGACUGAAAAAUGUGGAGGCAAAAUUGUAAUUGUAUAAUUUAUAAAUUAUAUCUGUUGUAAAAAAAGAUGAUUGUUGUUUCAAUUAAAAAUUAAAUUUAAUAUUGCUAAAAUAGUUGGAAAAUGUAUAUUAAUUUUAAAAUAUAAAAUAAAAGAUUAUUAUUUGUGUUAAUA